CUGCCAAGAUGGCGGGCGGCGAGAGCGACGAGGAGGAGGAAGAGCUGGUCAGCUAUGGCGCCCCGCUGGAGCUGCUGGAGGAGGGUGAAAGAAUUAAGAAGCCAGUUCCUCUGCAAGAGCAGACUGUCCGAGACGAAAAGGGACGAUACAAACGUUUUCAUGGCGCGUUUAGCGGUGGUUUCUCCGCUGGCUAUUUUAACACUGUGGGUUCAAAAGAAGGAUGGGCACCAUCAACCUUUGUGUCAUCACGCCAAAAGAGAGCAGAGAAAACAGUCUUGGGUCCAGAAGACUUUAUGGAUGAAGAGGAUCUUAGCGAACAUGGGAUAGCACCUAAGGAAAUUACAGUUUCGGAUGAAUUUGCUUCCAAAAGUAAAGAUAAAAUAAAGGAGAAGGCCAGACAAAUUGCAGGGGUAGUAGCCCCCAUUCCUGGAGCCAUAUUGUUGGAUGAAUAUAUAGCACCUUCGAAAAUAACCAUCGGUAUUGAUUUGUUGCGAAAAAUGGGCUGGAAAGAAGGACAAGGAGUCGGACCUCGAGUAAAAAGAAAAGCACGCAAGCAAAAACCUGAACCUGGUGUGAAAAUAUAUGGCUGCGCUUUGCCCCCAGGAUCAGAAGAUUCGGAGGAAGAAGAGGAUGAGUAUCAGCCAGAAAAUGUGACAUUUGCACCCAAAGAUGUGAUGCCUGUGGACCUGACUCCCAAAGACAACGUCCAUGGACUUGGAUAUAAAGGCCUGGACCCCACUAAAGCCUUAUUUGGGGUUUCAAAGGAUCACUUAAACGUUUUCAAUCCCAAUUCUGAAAAUGCAGAUCUGAUUGGUGAUCUGAGGCACAAUAAAGGACGAAAACUUGGUAUCUCAGGCCAGGCUUUUGGCGUAGGAGCUUUGGAAGAGGAAGAUGAUGAUAUUUAUGCUACUGAAUCGCUUUCCAAAUACGAUACUGUCCUGAAAGAUGAAGAGCCCGGAGAUGGGUUGUAUGGUUGGACAGCACCAAAGCAGUAUGGAAGCAAGCCAGGCAUAGAAAAAGAUAUUAAAUAUAUUGGAAAAAUUUUGGAUGGGUUCCGUCUGGCCUCUAAGUCAACAACCUCCCCAAAGAUUUAUCUGCCUCCUGAUCUACCAAAGGAUUACAGACCAGUCCAUUACUUUAGACCCGUGAUAAAAACUAGCAGUGAAAACUCCUACUUAGCACAGACAUUAGCAGAAUCUACUGGGAAGCUUGAGAGUGAGACAACACUGCAAAGCAGACACCAAAAAAGCGCUUCUCAGAGGAGGGAACUUCUGGGCGAGACAGCUCUUACAGGCCCAGCAGCUUCUGUUCUAGAGUAUUUGUCAGAUAAAGACAAAGAGCGAAUCAAAGAAGUGAAACAGGCAGCAGACCAGCAACUGAAGACACCCGUUCGUCAACCCUUGCAAAACCAAUUCCAGGCACCUGCCUUAUGUGACACCCCACAGCAGUGGCAAUCGCUGUUGGGGCCCCCGUUAGCCACAGCUGGUUCUAGUGACUUCAAACCCUUUGCAACAAAUCCAGAAAAACAAAAGAGAUACGAAAAUUACAUCGAAAGUCUUAAGCAUGGAAAGAAAGAUACACCAGGAAGCUGUUUAGAUCAAAGUAUGACAGAAUGGGAACGUGGAAGGGAGCGGGACGAGUUUCUUCGUGCUGCAGUACUCUACAAACCCUCCAGCUCCAUCUUGGCCUCUAGGUUUACUCAUGCGAAGCACGAGGAUGACACUGACAAAGUAGAAGUUGUUCGGGAUCAGGAGACUGACCUUGAUGACAAACAGGCUGCUGCAAAGAUGAAGAUGUUUGGUAAACUCACGAGAGAGAGAUUUGAGUGGCACCCUGACAAACUACUGUGCAAAAGGUUUAAUGUUCCUGAUCCCUAUUCAGACUCAAGUAUUAUUGGGUUGCCCAAAGUGAAACGUGACAAGUAUUCUAUAUUCAAUUUCUUGACUGUAUCGGAGCCAGUGCCAAAGAUGAUGAGUGAGCCCACAAGUGUAGCUGUGCAGCAAAAUAGUACUCCAAAUAAGCCAAAAAAACCUUCAAGAUGGGACGUCUCUGACAAAGAGAAAAAGAAAAAGGAUGCCAUUAGUGAGUUCAUAAGCUUGGCUAGAUCCAAGGUUGAUACUAAAGAACAACAGCCACUCACAGCAGAAACCGAGGACGACAAUAAGACAAGUGAAGCCGCUUCCGAUAAGAUGGUACACGAAAAAACUGGCCAACAUGAAGACGUAGUAGAGGAAGAAAGCAGGCCAUCGAUGGAUUUAUUUAAAGCCAUCUUUGCCAGCUCCUCAGAUGAAAAAUCUUCGUCUGAAGAAGAGAGUGAGGAGGAGGAGGAGGAGGAGGAGCCGCCAGCGAGAGUGACUGAGCCGGACUUGGAUAGUAUGAACCAUCAUGAUCAGCAUGGUGCCCUUCCAUCUGAGGAACCAGAAAGUGAAGUUAUUGCGCCCGAGAUCUCUGUUACAGUAACGGUAACUCCACCUUUAAAAGAAGUUGUUGAUCAAGGAGAAGAAUUUGGACCAAGGCUGCCUCCGGUUGGUGUAUCUGACACACUGCUUAAACAAGAAGAUAUGCAGCGAACAAGUUCUGAAGCCAGCAAGAAAGAGAGACCUAAAAAGAGCAAAGGAAAACACAAGACCAAAAGAGAACACAAACAUAAAAAGGAAAAGAAAAAGAAACACAAGAAACACAAACACAAGGGUAAGCACAAGAGUAAGAAAGCUGAGAAAACCAGUGGUUCAGACACUGCUGAGAGUAGUGAAAGCCACAGCGAAGAAGAGACCCCAGAUAUAUCCCCGCAGGAGCUUUUAAGAAGGCUGAAACAUCUUCCUCUGGUAAAACAUUAGCUUGGAUUCUUGGACACCAUAUAUCUUUUGAACAAAACAGAUCUCCUCUAUGAUGGCAGAUCAGCAAUUUAAAGCAUAUUUUAAUGUCCUGUAAAUAUUGUAUUUAUGUUGAAUUUGAGAGCAUAAAAACCUGCUACUUUUGUGACAUUUCCUAGAUAAAAACCAGAUGAACAUGUGAUGUUGGAAAAGACUCAAUUUUCAUCUGACUUCAAAUAUAAUAUCUAAAGGAAUCAUGCAAGAUGUGCAUUUUAAUUAAAAUACGCAUGGGUAAAUUUUAAUAAAUGGAACUUACUGCUAUUAUGUCUAAUGCCUUAAAAGUUAUUUCCAGAAAAAUCAUUUUAUUUAUUUAAAAUAUUUAUAUCCUGCCUAUUGGUUUGGAGGGAACACCUCCAAGAAGUCUAAUUUUUUUAAAAAUCUAAAACACGCAGAACAAAUAAAACCAGUUUGGGGGGGGGGAGUUGCCUUUCUUGACAUCUUGGUCUAUUCAAGUAAUUCUAGUUUAGCAGUAUUUUUUACAGUGAAUACAGAAGGUACUGAGGGUGUAACUCUGUUUAGUGGCACACUGUUUCAAAUCAAGAUGUUUGGAUUGCAUGAAGUACGUUAAAAGGCUGGGAAGAAAAUAAAAUGCAUUUUAUAGCAUUUAUUUUCUUUGCUGGAAGAAAGAUUGAUCAUGUAUAUGUGUGUUAGAACACAUUGUCCACCUAUAAGCCAUUGGUCUUGCUGCUUGGCCUAACAAUGACAUUGCUUAUAUUGUUUCAUUUUAUAGGGGAAAGCAUGGCUAGUUACGUUUUAAUAAACCCAAUC